AUGCUGGUCGAUGAGUCCUCCGGCGACGGUCCUUCUCGUUUCCUCGAGACACCAUCACGCGCGUCCCUGAUCCCGCUCCCCCGCUCGCCGACGCCCACACUCGACGACUUGCGACCCGAGCCGGUGGCGGACUGGUCGAUCGAUGUGGAGGAAGAAGAGGGCGGGCGAGAAGAGAGAGGCGUUUCGGAGGGGGAGGAGGACUUGUCGGUGACGGAUGGAAUGGCGGACUUGGGUGCAAAGCGCGAGAGCGAGAAGGACGGGGAGAAGAGAGAUGAGGCGAAGAAAGGGGAGGGAGCACCGAAAGGGAGGGAGUCGAGGAGGCUGGCGCUGAGGGAGAGGAACCUGUCGCAGACCGAAGGAGCCCACCGUCUCAUCGUCCGAGGACGAGCUCCUCCUCCGCCCCAUCCCGCCGCCGCCUCCCUCGCAGAUGAGGAGGACGACGAAGACGAGCCUCCGCUUAUGAGCGAGCUCGUCGUCAUCACGCACAACAUCCACCGCAGCCCUGACGUCUGGGCGCAACUCGUCAACUCGCCUGCACUUCGGCGAGUCGACGUCCUCCUCCUCCAAGAAGUGCCCCGUUCCCUCAAUCCCUUGCCACACAACUGGUCGCUCGUUCUCCCUCCACCCGUUACAUACACGACGGACGAGCCGACUCACCCCAGAUCCGCCGCGCUCGUCUCCCCCCGCUUCCCACCCUCCGCCUUCGCGCAACUCCCUAUCGCGUCGAGAGAUGUUGUCGGCGUCGACCUGCAAAUUAACGAGCGCGAGUCAGUACGAAUCGUCGGCGUCUACAAUCCCUGCGCAGGCGGACGCUCGCCAGCCAACCGAUCCGUCCGAGAAGUCCUCCCGCCCGUUUUUGCCUCAUCGCUGCCGGAAACCACCCUCAUCAUCGCAGGCGACUUCAACCUUCACCAUCCAGCCUGGGACUCGUCUGUACUUGAAGCCGAUGAUGAAGCGGAAGAAGCGCGACUCGCGUUCGAGGAGGCCGGACUUGUCCACCUGCACGAGGCGACAGAGGCGACUUGGUCGUCGUCGAGCUCAGGCGUUGACGAGGCGCUCAAGUACGGGUCCGACCACCGCCCGAUACGCACCGUUCUUGCUGUCGAGCGAGCGGAACGCCCACCAGCUUAUCCCCACCGCCUUUUCCGCAAAGCCGACCCAUCAGCAAUCCUCCGCUCCUUCUCGAAACUCGCCACUGCUUCCACAGCACCCGACGCCCUCCUCACACCUGCUGACGUCGACGCCGAGGCGGAGGUCCUGAACUCUCUCCUCCGCGAAACUGUUUCGGCCGCCAUCCCGCUUGCCAAACCGUCGCGCUCACGCUUCGCGCACAGGUGGUGGAGCGCCAAAGUCGCGCCAGCCGUUGACGACGCAAGGCGAGCGCGAAGUUGUGCGUAUCGACUGAAGGCGAGAGAGGGAGAGGGCAAAAAAGUGGAGCUGGCGGUGCGGAAGGCACGGAUGGCGACGAAUAAAGCGAAGGCGGUUAUUCAGCGAGAGAAGCGGAGGGCGGAAGGGGCGGAAGUCGAAGAAGUUGAUGAGGUGUCGUUGUGGAAGGUGGUGAAGGGGAGGAUGGGGGCGGGAGAAUCAGCAGCCGCGUCAACUCCGCCGCUCAGAAAGGAUGACAGAACAUACGCGACAUCACCCAUGGACAAGCUCGGCCUCCUUCAGCCCGUCCUGCUGCCGGUUGUCGAGCCGCGCAUUGUCGAGGCGCGACCUGCGGACAAGGGGAAUGGGAGGACCGUCAGCGGACUGCAAGUAGGUCACGAGUUUAUUGUCCCCCCCGCUACGAGUCCAACAGACGACCGCCACGCGAGUGAGCACAAACGCACCUUUGCAGAACCGCCAGCAAGUCACGCCAAUCGAGCCGACCUGGGCAAUGCCAACGACGCUGGCGCGGUCGAGGACAAAUGGCCGGAUCUGCUGGAGCACGAGGUCGAGUCAGCACUCCAUCUUGCACGCCCUUUUGCAGCUGCCGGUCCCGAUGGAAUCCCCAACUUCGUCCUCCAAGCUGCCUGGCCCGCACUCAAGGUCCGCCUCGUCCCGCUCCUUGCCGCCUCGCUCCGCCUGGGGCACCUCCCAACGAGCUGGCGCGACGCAAUCGGAGUUGUCUUGAAGAAGCCGAAGAAGGACGACUAUUCGCUCACCAAGUCGUACCGGCUCAUCUGCUUCGAGCGAUGCAUCAGCAAGCUGUUUGAGUCGAUUGUGGCAAGGCGGAUCACGCACCUCGCGGAGUCGCUCAAGCUCCUCCCGCCCAACCACCUCGGCGCUCGCCCUGGUCGAUCCGCCGAAGACGCCGUCGUCUGCUUCGUGGACGAAAUUAGGCGUCAGUGGCGGAACGGAAACGUCGUACUGGGCAUCGCGCUCGACGUCGCGAAAGCGUUCCCGUCGGUUUGGACGGAUGUCCUUGUGCGAGAGAUGGAGGAGAAGGGCUUACCUCGCUCGCUCCGGCGCUGGGUCGACUUGUUCAUGUCGAACUGGACGUGCACACUGCGCUUGGAAGGCGUCAGCAGCGAACCGGUCAACUGGAGAAGCGGCUUACCACAAGGUUCACCGCUUAGCCCGGUCCUGUUCCUCCUCUACAACUCCGGCGCACUCGAGGCAUGCGAGACGCCGACAUCGACAGCGUUUGGUUGGGUGGACGACCUGAACAUCCUCGCCUGGGGAAGGAACAUUGAAGAGGCCGUCAGCGCUGCUCAGCGGAUCGUCCCCGGCCUCGAAGAGUGGUCGGCGACGCACCAGAGCCUCUUCGAGCCGUUGAAGACCCUCAUUACGCGCUUCUCGCCCGCUCGAGACCGAUCACCCGACGACCCCAAGGUCGUGCUCUGCGGCGAGGAACUCGAGCUCUCGUCAGCGCUCGGGAUGCUCGGCGUGACGAUCGACGAGCGACUCACCUUCAAGCAACACAUGGCGUCGUCUGCGUGGUACAAGCCGGGUACAACGGUCAGCAAGACGCUCAAGCAAGUGCAGAAGGCUGCUGCGUGCAUCAUCACAGGCGGAUACCGGACGACCUCCCUUGCCGCCCUCGAAGUCGAGGCGAACCUCCUCCCGCUUGACCUGCGCCUGAGCCACCAAGUCUUCCGCUUCGCCCUCCGCCUUGCCUCGAUCCAGUACUCACCGGUUGCGCCCUGGUCAUCUCCCCCGCACUGCCAGCUCGUCGUCGCCGCGUCAAAGGAGGAGUCGGUCGCUCUGCACGGCCGAGAAGUCCGCGCGCUUGACGUUGCCGGCGGCCUGGCAGCGUAUUCGGACGGCUCGUUGCUCGAGAGCCGAGCAGGCGCUUCGGCUGUGGUGCGUUUCGGCAAGGAAGGGGAUGAGCUGUGGGGGAAGAAGGCAAGGGCGUUGGGUCAGUACCAGUCGGUGUACGCAGCGGAGCUCGAGGGCGCCCGCCUGGCACUCGACGGCAUCCUCCAAUCCCUCAGCAGCUCCACAGUAUCCUCGACCACCCUCUUCAUCAACAAUCAGUCGGUCGUCCGCUUGCCUUUCGACCCCUCCCCCACCGCCGGACAGUCCGAUCGACUCGCCCUGCGCGCGCUCGUUCUGGCGCUCGAGCACGACCACCCAGAAAUCCGACUCACCCUGCAAUGGCUCGCCGGCCAUUUUGCGGUGCCGGGGAACGAGAUGGCGGACGAAGAAGCGAAGAGGGCGGCGGGUGUUGGUGAUGACAAGGUGGGGAAAAGGGAGGGACGGCUUGCGGGCGGGCGUGGCGGGCACAGGCGUGGUCCUAAGCUGUUCAGGCCGGACCAGAGCAGCAGCAGCUCGUCGUCAGCGGACAAGAGCGGGUGGGAGGAGGACGAGGAGGAGCGGGCGGCUCGCCUCGAGCGCGAAGUCGCUCGCCUCGGUCGACUCAACUCGUCCACGCAUGCGGGCCCUGAUGGGCUCGUCCUAGGAGGCACUCUGCUGCCAAAAUCGUUCUCGGUCCACUCCACCAUCCUCGCCCGGCUUCGGCUCGACUUCAACGACCUUGGCUCAUCGAAGGCGCGGAUGGGUCUGGGGACUGGACUUUGUGAAUGCGGCAUGGCGGUGGAGACCCGCCAACACUAUCUCCUCGAGUGCUCGCUCUACGACGGCGAGCGACAACAGCUCCGGCGCGAAAUUGGCGCAGCAAAACUCAAGAUGGACAAGAACCCCCAGGCGCUCGACCUCCUCAAAAGGAUGCUCGUGUUUGACCCACGCAAGAGGAUCGAUGCGGCGCAGGUGCUCGCGCAUGAGUACUUGGCACCGUACCAUGACCCCGAGCCGGUUGCGCCUGAACCGUUUGACUGGUUGUUCAACGACACCGACUUGCCCGUCGACACCUGGAAGGUCAUGAUGUACAGCGAGAUCCUCGACUUCCACCACAUUGACUCGGAGGAGACAUCUGGACCCGUCGCCGCGCAUACCGCCUAA